UUACAUACCGGAGAGAACACACCGGUUUAAUCGGAAGGUAACGUAACGAUGAGCGAGACGAGACCAGUGCCGAGGAGAGAGAGUCCAUGGGGGUUACCGGAAGGUCACCGAGAGCCCAAAGCUCACCGCUGCAACGAUCGCGUCGAGGACGUCGUACAGGCCUUUUUUGAGGGAAACCCAUUCAAGACGGUUCCAGGACCUUUUAAGUUAUUCUACCGAUGCAUGCGCUCUAAGCCAGGGUAUGUGCAGCAUAACAUCAAGAGAGGAACCAACAGAGCCAUUCACAUACCUCGACUUGGAACCUCCAAAAAGAGAAGCAAAACUUGAGUAACACUAUCACUCUUUUAUUAUUCUCCUUCGAACUUUUCAAACUGAGCAUGUAAGCGCCAAGACUGUGGUUUGUAUCAGCCACACAUCCUCUUGUUUUGUCAUAACCCAUAAUGCUAAUAAAAUUGAUAUUUGGAGUUCUUAUA